UUCCUGUUGUCCGUGAAGAUAUAAUAGCCCGUCAACAAACAGCACCAAACCAUACUGGAAAAUAGUUUUGUCACGGAUUUAAUUUUGUGUAAAGCUUCCAUACAAACGUCUCUCCUCAGGUUGGCAGGGACAAAGUAGUUACGUUACACGGCUGAAGCUGGCAUGUGUGGGCAUUCUAGCGUGUAAAGUUACCGAGGAUGUGGAGGACAGGUCCUGGUCCGAGUCUGAGGAGGGCAGCCAGACUCUGUUCCAGCACCCCACCAAAAGCUUCUCACACAAACUUCACUGCACGGCCCCGCGCCGAGAAGCAGAGGCGCAGACGAGUGCGGGAGGAGGGCAUCCUAUCGAGUCAGCAUGGUAGUGCUGAAGGUAAAGCAGUAAAGUGGAGUGAGAAGCAGAAGAUUGCUUACACUGCUCCUACACCUCCUGGGGCAAAGAAAGACACUAGCUCACCGUUCCCAUCUUGUUACAGUCCGGAGUAUGUGGAGUCCAGCUGGUAUCAGUGGUGGGAGAAAGAGGGAUUCUUCAGUCCUGAGCAACAUGAACGGCUGCCCCACGCUGUGGAUCAGACCUUCUCUCUGUGUAUUCCUCCACCAAACGUGACUGGUACUCUGCACCUGGGCCACGCUCUGACAGUAGCUGUAGAGGAUGCGCUGGUUCGAUGGAGGAGGAUGCAGGGCUGCAGAGUGCUGUGGGUUCCUGGAUGUGACCAUGCAGGUAUCGCGACGCAGACGGUGGUGGAGAGGAGACUGCUGAGGCAAACAGGGAAGCACAGACGAGACUUUACGAGGGACGAGUUUCUGGAGGAGGUGUGGAAGUGGAAGAAUGAGAAAGGAGACGAGAUCUACCACCAGCUGAGGAAGCUUGGAGCUUCUCUGGACUGGAGCAGAGCCUGUUUCACUAUGGACCCAGGUUUUAGCAGAGCUGUAACUGCAGCGUUUGUUCAACUGUGUGACUCUGGUCUAAUUUAUCGCUCAGAGGGUUUGGUCAGCUGGAGCUGUGCCCUGGAAUCUGCCAUCUCUGACAUAGAGGUGGAUUCGAAGGAGCUCUCCGGCCGGACCAUGUUGGCUGUUCCUGGCUAUGAAAACAAGGUGGAGUUUGGAACGAUGCUGAGCUUUGCGUACCCCGUAGAAGGCCACGACACCGAGGUGGUGGUCUCCACCACCCGUCCAGAGACUAUGCUGGGAGACGUGGCCAUAGCUGUUCACCCUGAUGAUCCUCGAUACCAGACUGUUCAUGGGAAGCACUGCAGACAUCCUUUCACCAACAGACUGUUACCCAUCAUCACUGAUUGUAUGGUGGACGUGGAGCUUGGAACUGGUGCAGUGAAGGUGACUCCUGCUCAUGACCACACAGACUUUGUCCUCUCACAGAGACACUCACUUCCACGCCUGACUGUGAUUGCUGGCGAUGGGACGAUGACAGGGUCCUGUGGACAGUGGCUGGAGGGAGUGAAGCGUUUUGAUGCCAGACAGCUCGUUGUGGAUGCUCUGGUUGAGAAAAGACUGUUCAGAGGAAGAAAAGAUCAUGCCAUGAGUUUACCCACCUGCAGCCGCUCAGGAGACAUCAUUGAACCUCUUCUAAGAAACCAAUGGUUUGUCCGGUGUGAUGUAAUGGCAAAAAAAGCUGUGCAGGCUGUCGAGGAAAGACGGCUGGAAAUCAUUCCUGAGUACUACACCAAGACAUGGAAGAACUGGCUGUCCAACAUCAGUGACUGGUGCAUAUCCAGGCAGCUCUGGUGGGGUCAUCAGAUCCCUGCCUACAAAGUGAUGCUUGCGAAUUAUGAGGGCCAACAAGAGGAGCAGUGGGUUUGGGGACACAGCGAGGACGAGGCCCGUCAGAGAGCUGCUGUCAAAUAUGGAUUGAAGCCAGAUGCCGUCACAUUGACUCGGGACCCAGAUGUCUUGGAUACAUGGUUUUCCUCUGCGCUCUUUCCCUUUGCCAUGCUUGGCUGGCCAGAUCAGACCGCUGACCUGCAGCAGUUUUACCCUAACUCUGUUCUGGAGACGGGCAGUGACCUCAUCUUUUUCUGGGUUGCCAGGAUGGUGAUGCUUGGAACAGAGCUGACCGGGCAGCUGCCCUUUAAACAGGUCCUGUUUCAUUCACUAGUGAGAGAUAAAUAUGGCAGAAAAAUGAGUAAAUCUCUGGGAAAUGUCAUCGACCCCUUAGACGUUAUACACGGAGUCUCUUUGGAGAGACUUCAAGGAAAAGUGAAGCAGGGGAACCUGGAUCCGAGGGAGCAGCUGGUUGCCAUGGAAGCACAGAGGAAGGACUUCCCCGUGGGGAUCCCAGAGUGUGGGACUGAUGCUCUGCGCUUUGCCCUUUGCUCUCACAGAAUGCAGGGAGGAGACAUCAGUCUGUCUGUCGCUCAGGUUCUGAGCUGCAGACACUUCUGUAAUAAGAUGUGGCAGACCUUAAGGUUCACACUGGGAGUGCUGAGUGAGAACGGAGCAACAGUGGAAACUAUAGCAAAGACAGCUCCUCUGAGCAGCAUGGACCGCUGGAUCUGCUCCAGACUCCACAGCACGGUUGGACAGUGUGAGCAGGCCUUUGAAGCUUAUGAGCUCCACGCUGUCACGUCUGCCCUGUACUCCUUCUGGGUCCACAGCCUGUGUGAUAUUUACAUGGAGUAUAUAAAGCCUCUGGUGACCCAGCAGGACCAGGAAGUCGUCCUCACAGCCGACGCAGAGCACAGUGGUGACGUGAGGCAGGCGGCCAUCGCUGUUCUCUAUCACUGUGUGUCUGUGUCCUUGGCCCUGCUCUCCCCCUUCAUGCCGUUCAUCACUGAGGAGCUGUGGCAGAGACUUCAGCCGUUCGCACCCGAAGCUGCUGCACAAACCAGCCUGUGUUUACAGCCGUACCCCCGCUCCGCUCAGUUGGAACACUGGCAUUUUGCCGAAGAGGAAAGAGAUUUCCUGCUGGUACAGGAAGUGAUCCGAGUGGCCCGUUCUUUACGAGCACAGUGUGGCAUAACCAAAGCAAAACCUGACAUGUGGGCAGUGUGUUCGCCCAGCCAGGCCGAGGUCCUCCUUCGCUUCGGGUCAGCAAUUAGGACUUUAAGCCGAAUCUCCGACCUUCACAUCUGCUGUUCUGACAGAGGCAGCAUCCCCCUGUCUGUACACUCCACUUCUCCACCCAAAACAAGCCUCGUUAGUGUGGUGGACCACACAUGUCAGCUACAUCUUCACUUUCAAAGUGGAAUGAACAUUGAGAAACAGAUCGUGCAGCUCUCUCAGCGCAAAGACAGGCUCGUCCCAAAGCUGGAUGAAAUCCUUGCCAGAGUCCGGUCUCCAAGCUACCUCACCAAGGUUCCUUCUCAUGUCAGGGAGCAGAUGGACAGUAAGGUGUCUGCUUUGGAGCAGGAACUGAAAACUGUUGAGGAUCAACUGAAAUUGCUGCAAGAGAUGCAAACAGCAGAAUAACUGAAGCCUUUACAGUAGCUGUGUGGACUGCUGGAGGAAAAAACGCUGCUGUUUCAUUAUUUAUAAUAUUAUCUGAGUCAAAAAUAUGAACUUUAUAUUACUGUAAUGGAGUUAUACACUGUAUAAGUACCAGUCCUGUCUGGCUCCAGGUGUUUUGAGCGUAGUGGAAGCAUCUGCAUUUGAUCUGUUGCUCUUAUUCCAAAAAUAUUGUCUUGUGUUCUGGCCUUUUAAAAACUCUGAUUUUAAAAUAACUUUUAUGA